CUGCAGGUCAAAGCCGCUUGUAUAUGCAAUGAGAAGGGUACAGAUUACUGUGAGGGCUGCAAUUCACGACGAAUUGUGCGUCCUAAACAUAAAAACUAUGAUAGCAGCACUGAUUUGGAUUUGCCGCCAAUUGGUGAUACCUGUUGGUGUAGCAAAGUUAAGGUUGAACCUGCGUCAUUACCUAAACCAUGCCAAAAAGUACGUGAUCCCUUUGAUUGGUUAGCCAGUCUAAAUAAUUUGUUUAAACGUAAAUUCCUUGAGGCAGCCAUUAACACGAAAUGCAUUGGUCUAGAUCGUAUGCAUAAGCGUCUCAACCAUAAGACACCUUCUUGUGGCUGUAACAAUUCUCCCGUUUAUGAAGACAGUGUUCCAGCUUCUUCAUAUCCCAUGCCUGAUGUUAAAUAUGUGUCAACAAAACCAAAAGAUGACUCUCCAGCAGCUGAUCCCAUUAGCAUUGGUUUGGCAAUGAAGGCAGGCAAAUCAAUUGGAGUGCCUGAAGCAAAACUUUCCUAUGGUUUCAUACAAAAACCUCUUGAUGGUCUUAAGAAAAUUUAUUUCUCCAGUGUUCCAGAAGAAAAUCUUUACAAACUUAAAAGCGAUGUUAUCACAUUAAAGAAACGUACACAAAAACCGUGCGCAGAAGAGUAUGAAGAAGAAAUGGUUGAAGAAGAGGAAGAGAACGAUGAAGAUGAAGAGCAACCACAUCUAACAUAUAAACAAUUAGGUUAUGCUGCAGAAGAAUUCAAAAAUCCUAAGUUCCGUAAAGUGUCUUCACGUUAUUAUGCCGAAAAUGAAGAGAAAGAAACACCAUAUAAAACAGAGGUCGAUUGUGGUUACAAGCCUGGGCGUGUUGCUUCCUACCGCAAGACGAAAACUCGUGGCGAUAUCAAUGAUUACUAUGGACGCACCUAUUAACUACAGUUCCAUUGACUUGAAUGCAGACAAUAAUUAUGAUUACUCCUUAACAUAAGCUAUGUUUUUUUAACUAAAGAAAUAUUGUACAGAAAAAUUUU